AUGCCCAAGGGGCAGGGGUAUGGGGCCUGCCAGACCAAGAGGUGGCUUAUCCUGCUGCUGCUCCUGCUGUGGCUGGGCCCCCCAGUGGCCCCUGGCAUGGAGGACGCUGCCUUCCCCCACCUUGGGGAGAGCUCGCAGCCUUUGCCCCGGGACUGCCCCCCACGCUGCUCCUGCCCCCGUGUGGACACUGUGGACUGUGAUGGCCUGGACCUUCAAGUGUUCCCAGACAACAUCACCAGGGCCACUCAGCACCUCUCCCUGCAGAACAACCAGCUCCAGGAACUCCCCUACAACGAGCUCUCGCGCCUCAGUGGCCUCCGGACCCUCAAUCUGCACAACAACCUCAUUUCCUCCGAGGGCCUGCCGGACGAGGCCUUCGAGUCCCUCACCCAGCUACAACACAUCUAUGUCGCCCACAACAAGCUAUCAGUGGCCCCCCAGUUUCUGCCCCACUCCCUCCGUGUCGCGGAUCUGGCUGCCAAUCAAGUGACAGAGAUCUUCCCGCUCACCUUUGGGGAGAAGCCGGCACUCAGGUCUGUGUACCUCCAUAACAACCAGCUGAGCAACGGAGGCCUGCCCCUUGACGCCUUCCGUGGCUCUGAGGCCAUCGCCACACUCAGCCUCUCCAGCAACCGGCUCAGCUACCUGCCGCCUAGUCUGCCGGCCUCGCUGGAGCGGCUCCACCUGCAGAAUAACCUCAUCUCCAAGGUGCCCCGAGGGGCCCUGAGCCGCCAGACCCAGCUCCGUGAGCUCUACCUCCAGCACAACCGGCUGACUGACAGCGGCCUGGACACCACCACCUUCAGCAAGCUGUGCAGCCUCGAAUACCUGGAUCUGUCCCACAAUCAGCUGGAAGAGGUGCCUGCAGGCCUGCCCCGGACCCUGGCUGUCUUGCACCUGGGCCGCAACCGCAUCCGGCGGGUGGAGGGGGCUCGGCUGCAGGGAGCACAGGGCCUGCGCUACCUACUGCUGCAGCACAACAAGCUGGGGGGCACGGGGCUGCCCCCUGGGGCUCUGCAGUCGUUGCAGCGCCUGCACACACUGCACCUGUACGGCAACGGGCUGGAGCGUGUGCCCCUGGCGCUGCCCCGCCGCCUGCGGGCCCUGGUGCUGCCCUACAACCAAGUGGCUGCACUGGGUGCCCGUGACCUGGCCUCCACGCGGGGUCUGACUGAACUCAACCUGGCCUACAACUGCCUGGCCAGCGCCCGCGUCCACCGCCGGGCCUUCCGCCCACUGCGUGCCCUGCGAAGCCUCGACCUGGCUGGCAACCAACUGACGCAGUUGCCCGCCCGCCUGCCCUCCAGCCUCCACGCCCUGCGGCUGCAGCGCAACCAGCUUCGCGUCCUCGAGCCCGAGCCACUGGCUGGCCUGGACCAGCUGCAGGAGCUCAGCCUGGCCCACAACCGGCUCCGGGUGGGCGACAUUGGGCCUGGCACCUGGCACGAGCUGCAGGCCCUCAAGGUGCUGGACCUCAGCCACAAUGAGCUGUCCUUUGUGCCACCGGACCUGCCCGAGGCCCUGGAAGAGCUGCACCUGCAGGGCAACCGCAUCGGCUACGUGGGCCCCGAGGCCUUCGCCAGCACACCUCGCCUGCGAGCCCUCUUCCUCAGGGCCAACAGGCUUCAUAUGAUGAGCAUCGCGCCUGAAGCCCUUCUGGGCCUCCCACACCUGCGAGUGGUGGACACAACGGGUAACCCAGAGCAGGUCCUCGUCCGGCUGCCGCCCACGGCCCCACGUCAACCACGGGCAGGUGGCCCCUGA